AGCGAAGAAGAGCGCCAUCUCGUCAUUUCGCGUGAAGCGACUUGCACACUUUGCCGCGCCUCCCCCACAAAAGACUCCCGCUAUUAUCAAAGUGGAACUUCAUGGCUAGAUACAUGCGGCCUCCAAAUACGUCUUUGUUUGUCAAAAACAUCUCUGAAGAGUCCAGGCCUGAGGAUUUGCGCCGUGAAUUUGGCCGCUAUGGGCCGGUAUUAGAUGUCUACAUCCCACUUGACUUCUAUACACGUCAACCAAGAGGAUUUGCAUACAUUCAGUUUGAGGAUGUGCGCGACGCAGAGGAUGCUCUUCACAGCUUGGACAGGAAGUGGGUGUGCGGCCGCCAGAUCGAGAUCCAGUUUGCCCAGGGGGAUCGAAAGACGCCCAAUCAGAUGAAAACUAAGGAAAGGCACUCCCCAGGGAGGUCGUCUCGCUACGAUGACUACGAGCGCGACAGCCGACGCAGACGCUCACGCAGUCGCAGCUACGAGCGGUACAGGUCGCGCAGCCCGUCCUAUGACCGCCGCCGCAGACGCUCUGAGAGCCCUAGAGAAUCUCGUGGACGCCAGUAUGGACGAGGAGGAAGCAGGAGCCGGGAUGAGGAAAGGUCCAGGCAGAAACAUCAUAGAGAGUCCAAAGGAAGGUCUGCCUCAAGAUCCGAGUCCCCUCACGAGGGCGCCAAGCCAUCGUCCGCGUCAAAUUACGGAGUGGAAGAAGCCCGGCCCACCCGCUCUCCGUCACACUCCCGCUCUCGCUCCGUGUCGAGGUCACGCUCCCGCUCUCGCUCCUGGGCCGGACGCAAGUCGGGAGGACGCUAGGAAAGACGGGAGAAGGUUUGAGCUUUUUGUUCCUUUUGGAUGUCAAUCUGACAUCAAAUGGACACGUGAGAACAUUUUUGCCGGUCUUUUUUUUGUUUUUUUCUGAUGCUUUCUCCAACAUCCAUCUUUUUUAAUUAGACAGAUUUACUUUACAUGUGCUACGCGUCUGUUUUAUAAAAUUAAAUCCGCUCCCAUUUUUUUUUUAUAUUUAAGGACUUGCUUUUUUUUUUUUAAAGGGGUCCUUUCCUUCAAUUGCAACUAUUCACAUUUACUUGUAUGUUUAAAAAAUUGUACUCCAGUUGUACAUGAUGUGCGACUGUCAAAUCAUGAGGUUGUCAUGCCUCCUGUCAUUUUUGUCUCGGGAAUUUGCCCCACUUAAUUCCAAUAUCAUUUUAAAAGCCCCUGAAAUGAGCAGGAUAGGGCCCCUUUAAUAAGACCUACAGAAUAUACUAACUUGUUGGAGAGGACGUGACGUUAAUGUUUCCAGUAAUGCAUCUUCCAAAAAGCUUCUUUUUUUGUUUCCUGCCAUUUAAAGAUUUGUGUCACCACAGUGUGCCACAAACUGCCAUUUUCCUUCAAAGUAAACUUUUGCAUUAAAAGCUUGUUGUCAUCUUUUGAAAAA